AGCCUGCAGCACACCUUCACCCAGAGCGAGUCCGAGCCCUUGGCAGUGUCCAGCCUCUCCCACCCUCUGUAGUUCCUCUCCACGCAUCGCCAUGGCACCCAAGAAGAAGGAAAAGGAAGAGCCCAAACCAGCCGCCCCCAAGCCCCCAGAGCCCGAGCCCCCCAAGGAGCCCGAGUUUAACCCCGCAGAAGUGCAGAUUGAAUUCACAGCUGAGCAGAUUGAGGAUUUCAAGGAUGCGUUCCAGUUGUUCGACAGAACGCCAACCAAUGAGAUGAAAAUCACAUUUGCCCAGUGUGGAGAUCUGAUCCGGGCCCUGGGGCAGAACCCCACCAACGCCGAGGUCAUGCAUGUCCUGGGAAAGCCCAAGGCUGAGGAAAUGCAGGUCAAGAUGCUGGACUUCGACCAGUUCCUGCCCAUGCAUCAGCACAUCUGCAAGGCCAAGGACCGCGGCACAUUUGAGGACUUCGUUGAGGGUCUGAGGGUGUUCGACAAAGAGGGCAAUGGCACCGUCAUGGGAGCUGAGCUCAGACACGUGCUGGCAACACUGGGUGAGAAGAUGAAGGAGGAGGAGGUGGAGCAGCUGAUGGCAGGACAGGAGGAUGCCAAUGGCUGCAUCAAUUAUGAGGCUUUUGUAAAACACAUCAUGGCUAGCUAAAAGGUCUGUAGAUGAUCAAGACACCUUGGAAUUGGCUGAAGACAAACAUGCUUCCCUUUUUAUAUGAUCCCUUGGCGUACGUGCAGUCCUCUGUUAACUCGUGUGCAAGGUCUCCCCCUACAUUAGUUAACUUCCAGUUGUUUUUUGUAAUUACACACACCUGUUCAAACCAAAAUAGUAACUGUAUAAAAUAUACAUGUUCAUUAUUUCAUGUGACAUCAAAAAAUAAACAAAUAAACUAAA